AGGAAUAUUUGUUGUGUUUGCUGGUGAUGGUAAUAGUUGUUUUUUACUAUCGCCGCAAGACCUCUGAACUACAAAAAAGAAUAGAUGAGAAGACUGUGAUAGUGAAGAAGGGAGAUGAUGUCACACUUCACACUGAUGUUGAUAUGGAGGAAAUAUGUGAGAUCCUGUGGACGUGUGAAGGUCUAGAUGCUCGUAUCGCUGAAAUCAGAGACGGGACCAGAGAGACAUUUGAUGCUGCUGAUGGCAGAUUCAGAGACAGACUGAUGCUGGAUGAGACUGGAUCCCUGACCAUCAGAAACAUUGAAACUGGACACGCUGGAGACUAUAUACUCCAGUUCAAGCGCUGCCGCAGAAGAAGAUGGACCUUUUACAAAAGAUUCAAUGUUAUGGUCAAUGAUAGGACUAUAUCAGUGAUGGAGGGAGAUGAUGUCACUCUAAAUUCUGGUACUGAAUUAAACAAAGAUAAGCAGAUAAAGUGGCUGUUUGGGGGUAUCAGCAUUUUGAAGGCUCCCAUAGCUGAAAUCAGUGGAGAGACCGGAGAGAUCUUUACAUAUGAGGGUAAGGCUGAUGGGAGAUUCAGAAACAGACUGAAGCUGGAUCCUCUGACUGGAUCUCUGACCAUCAAGAACACCAGCCCUGAACACUUUGGAUUCUACGAACGCCAGAUCAAAGAAUGCAGAGGGGUUGAACACACACUAUUUAUGGUUUCUAUCAGUGAGAGGAUGAUAUCAGUGGAGGAGGGUAAGAAUGUCACUCUAGAGAUUGAUUCUGAAAAACAGAAGGAUGAUCAGAUUCUGUGGAUGUUUGGAGCUGAAGAGACUCUCAUAGCUCAAAUCAAAGGAGAGAACAGAGAGACACAUGAUGUUGCUGAUGAGAGAUUCAGAGACAGACUGAAGCUGGAGGAGUCUGGAUCUCUGACCAUCAGUAACAUCACAACUGAACACACUGGAGCCUAUAAAGCACAGAUCAUCAGCCGUGGAACAACUUCAUACAAGAAAUUCAAGGUUGCUAUGCUUGUGGAGUAUGUGCCAGUGAAGAAGGGAGAUGAUGUUACACUACACAGUGACUCUAAAAAAUACAGAAAAGCGAUCAGAUACGGUGGAUGUUUGGAGAUAAAAAUCUCAUAGCUGAAAUCAAAGAAGGGACCGGAGAGAUGGCUACAUUUGAUGAUGUUCUUGAGGGGAGAUUCAGAGGCAGACUGAAGCUGGACCAGCAGACUGGAUCACUGACCAUCACAAACUUCAGAACAGAACACACUGGACUCUAUAAAAUGAAGAUCAACAGAAGCGCUGGAAAGUCCAAAAACAAGAGUUUUGAUGUUUUUGCCAGAGUGGCGAUGGUAUCAGAGGAGGAGACGAACGGUAAGA